AUGGCUCGAUUCGACAGCCUGAACCGGAGCAAGAAGGAGAAAUAUGAGGCAAUGGAGGGUAGUCUUCCACCUACUCCUGCGGCUUCUCCACCUCCCCCUACAGAAGCAUCAUCACAAACUCGCAAUCGCCCGCUGGAGUUGACCUCGGAUCCCUCCUUACCACCAAGAACCAUACCACUUCGCCUUCCACCUUGCACAUCCUCUGCUUCAGAGAAGCUCGAGCAUGCCGAGAAGCUUGCUAUCCGGCAUGGACUUGGCCAGGACAUGCCAUCUGGUCAUGCUAGAGAGUUGCUCAAGACUAUGAAGGAGGCUCUGUCUAAGAGAGACUAUAAUUCGUGGUUGGAUGAUACGAGGGAGAAUCGUGUUGGUGCUAUCGAUACGGAUGAGUUGGACAGAAGGAGUGAUGAGCUGUAUGCAAGGUCGAAAAUUGGAGGCGGAGGGCGUGAUGUUUAUGAUCUCUGGAGAGGCAAGAGAAAUGGAAGAAGGAGCGAUGAUGACGGUACUAGUGGUACAGAGGAUGAAGCAGAAGCUAGUGAUGUGGUGGAAAGUCAUGAUCCAGAGAUUACCCCUGGACAAGAUGCAGAGGGCACCGAGCAGCUCAACAAUCACCCAGCUCAGGGUUCUCCUGGCAUAGGCGCCGCUCUGCCACUGGAUGGUGUUCAGUCUGGCUUCGUUGCAGCAACAGAUACGCAGCAACACUUACCCGAUGCCUCACACGAAACUACUAGUCGAGAGACAUCAGCAUCAGCCACCACGCCUCGAACACCACUAGAAGUCCCACCCCGGCCAGCACGACGCAUCCGAUCCGGUUCCGAGUCGACCGCUUCGACAACGUCGACCACAUCGACUGCCAGUAGCCAGCGCCGUAGACUACAAGGUGCGUUGCGACACAGCCUUGACGAAACCACCAAUGCCUGGAGUCCUCAGCGUGCCCGAGCUACUGCCACAGUCUGUCUGGCUCCACCUCUUUCCGACAAAAUCGGCCCAGUAUCGAACUUCCAGUCACUAACUACGCCAACUGAUGCGCACGGGACUGAGGUCGGCAAUAUCGAUAUUGGCCUUGAUGACGAGCUGGUGUCGCCUACUGCCACGAGCGCGCCUAUGACCAUGGGCCGUGAUGUAUCCCUGGCAUCGAAUACUCCGAGAAGCAUAUUGCGAAAUGGCUCCAUGUCUGCUUCGCAGCGAUCCGGAACCAGCUCAUUUGUAGAAACUGACCUGGAAGCUAAGCUCUCGGCACCCGCUGCGCCAGCUCGGUCAUCGACACGGACACCAGGGCAAAGCAUGAUUAGUAGCCUCCCGUCAACAACACUGAAAGGUGCAUCGGCCGAUGAGAAUGCUGCACCAUCUCGUGGACGUUCGAAGCGUGCUCAAAGCCCGGUCACUGCACAGCGAAGCCUCAGUACUGCGGCAGCUAGCAUGAAAUCAGCUGCACAACGCUCGAAGAGUCAGCGCCGAGCUGCUUUUCCGGAAGAACUGCGCAUGUCCAGUGGAAAUGCUCGGCGUCCAACAGCCCAGAUAGAUAGCGCUAUUGGGAAUGCCAAUCAAGGCACUAUCGGCGACGCAGCAAGACGCUCACAUGCCCAGGCAGGCAUCGACGAGAUUGACUGGGCUACGGGCACUGUCGAGGACCUUCCAGAGGAAGAGGCGCUUCGGGACGAGGCAAAAGAUACACGCAAAGACUCUGGGGGUGCUGACCUAGACGUUGUUUCUGCUGCUCACGAAUCCGAAGACGAUCAUGAUCAGGGAAAAAAUCAUGAUACUUCCCAACAUGAGGCUGACAGAGAAAGCAUCUUUGGAGAUCUUGAGGACAUGGCGCCGCAAUACGGUGCGGCACAAGAACUCGCGAGCACGGGAGGUAUCUCUAAUGACGUGGACGGGGUACAGAGCAUUCCUGGCGACCAUAUUGGUAUGACCUCGUCAAGACGAAUAAAACAAUCUACCGAAGAUGCAGGAACGGGCGACAACAAUUCGGCCUCGAAUAUAACGCAUGAAGGGCGAGCAGACAGGGAACAGGAAACUGAUCGUACCGCGGAUGUUCAAGGAUCCCCGAGGACUGACAAAGGCAAGCGCCGAGCUACUUCCAGCGAAAUAGCAAUUCAGCAGUACCGUGAAGAACAGCAACGCUGCUCGGCUCGCAGACUUCCAGAGCCUGUUCCGUCGCACGUACCAGAUUUCAUAGAGAAAGAAACUGAGAUGGACGAAGAGGACUCUCCUCCUGAAUUGGUGGAAGACAACGGCGAGGACGCGGAAGACGAGGAUAUGGACCAGCCAAGUCGACCAGUCUUUGGACCCGAGACACGAGCACAACGCCAUGAGCGACACGUCCAGGAACAGAUGCUAGUUGACGCCAGAUACCACGAGCGCUUUUCCCCUCCAGACUCACCAGAGCGAUCUCCUUCGCCUCCGCGGAGUCCGGCGUCGACAAGGCGGAGGUUGCAGGACCUUCAGCGUUUCGCGACGAGGACGACUGGAUCAAUGCGCGGAGGCUUUGAUCCGCGGUAG